UCUAUCUACGCACAAAAAACGCACACGCGCUCAGCUCAUUCUCGCGCGCGCGCUGGCUCUUGGCAUAGUGAUGAAGGAGGAGGAAGCCCCCGCCGUCGCCGGAGACGACGAUGGCUAUGGUCAGGCGGCCAGCUCGGUGCCGGUGCUGCUGCGGGAGGAAGCGAAGAGGCAGCUGCGUCUGGCCGGGCCGAUCGUCGCCGGCGCGCUUCUGCGGUACGUCAUCCAGAUGAUCUCCAUCAUGUUCGUCGGGCACCUCGGCGAGCUCCCCCUCGCCGGCGCCUCCAUGGCCAUCUCCUUCGCCACCGUCACCGGCUUCAGCGUCCUGGUGAGUGCACGGCUAGCCUGGUCUGUACAGUGCACGGACUGCCAUGACCCGUGGGCCAAGACCCAAGAGGCUGCUGCUCCUACCGAAGGCCUCACACAGAAAAGCAGCCCGUAA